ACCGGUGGCGUAGGUUAGUGGUUCAUAAACCUCUCUCUAAGCUUCCUUCUUUCUCUCUCUCUCUCACUGGGUCUUUGCAUUUUCUGCAAGAGCUUCUUCGCUUCUCUCAGCUCUCACCUUUCCACACUCUGAUCCAAGGAAAAAUCUCAACUUUCUUCAACAAUUCACCACUACAAUUUCUGGGUAGUGGCUUUUUCCCAAGCCCAGUUUAUCAGACAUGGCUCAUGUUUCAGAUGCAGCUUAUUCUGAAAAAGCCCAGAAAGGUCAACCUGGUCCAAUGAUGAUUAAUCCAAAUGAGCCCAAGGAACAUUCAGAUCUAGUUUCUUCUGCUGACCCACCCCCUUCAAAACCCAGAGUUCAUUCAGAGGAUCAAUCUGGAAAGGGAUCAGUGAGAUCAACAAAUGAGUUACAAAAGAGCAGGGAGGAUGGUGAUCCUAGACAUUUUGUUGACUCUCCAGCUCACCAUGGUAGCAGUGAUUCUGCCCAUCGAGGCCAGGGAGUAGGUUCUGCUGACAGCCGUAGAAAACCUUCAAGACAAAGUACUGGGUCUGAACAUAUUGACCGUUCACCCCUUCAUCGCCAUGCAAAAACCCCUGGCAGAGAUAGUCCAUCUUGGGAAGGAAAAAAUUCACAUGACAGCGGCCAUGGUACACCUGGAAUAUCCCGAUUAAGACCAUCAAACCGAGGGGAUGAAACUCCUGAUAAAGGUGCUGCUGUUCCGAAGUUUGGUGAGUGGGAUGAAAGUAACCCUACAUCAGGUGAUGGCUAUACUCACAUUUUCAACGUAUUGAGGGAGGAGAAACAGGUGGGAGCUGGACACGUGCCAGGCACGCCUAAUGGGAGACAAUAUGCUGCUCGGAACCAACCUGCUGACAACAAAGCUCAGAGCUGCUGCUUUUGCUGGGGGAAAAAGUGAUUUAUUCUGAGCAGAAAAGGUAAAAAUAGGGUUGUGAAUGGUCAUGAGGUGUGUGUAUCACUUGUAAAUAUUCCAGGCUCUCAUCCCAGGAAAACAUCGUUGAAAAACAUAUCUUAAAUUUGUGCUUUUUUCUCCCAGUCUUUUGGUCAGUAGAGACGCUUUGCGUGCCAGAUUGUGAUUUGUCGUUUUUAUCUUUUCAAUAUUUUGUUAUGUAUCUGCCACGCUUUAUAAUUAAAUUUAUCUGUAUUUAGCUACAAGAUUUGAUAUACAAUUCUUUUGUAAUGAAUUAAUGGGUUGUGAUUCUAGUCCUCAUCUA